AUGCGCAACGGUUGGUUCGUACCACAGCAGAUAGGUGUGGCUUGUCACACCUUUACGGACAGGUCUGGACCCAAACGGUUCUCUUCAGUUUCUUGUUUUCUCCCCCAGUUAAUGAUCAAAACUGUGUUGUUGGACGCAUCGUUUGUUGGUUUUUUGCGGGUUCGAGCCUUCUCUGGCCUCUUGUUUGGCCACGGAUUCGACUCCCCCGAGCGAGGUCAAGAGAAUCCUCUCGGGUCUGGAAUGAGGUGGAACGGAACAUCACUGAGGGGAAAUGACAUAGCUGGUGGUCUUGGAACGGUGAUCCCCUUGAUGGCCAAGGAAGAUAAUGAUGUUGGGGAAGCAGAGAGCAAAUGCUUGAAGCGCGGAAAGCGAUGCUGUCAAGGCGCUCACGGUGCCGCCGUCCCCAAACCUUGUCCAGGUCUUCCUGCCACUUUGCGUAUACAGAGAUUUCCAAGUAGUAUAUGGCUUGGCAGAGUUGGCUCCUACCACCGCAACGAGGACCGCAGUGAGCGCGGUGAAAAAGAGCGACUCCGUGCUGGGCCUUCCUCGUUCGUAGGGGACUGUUAUGCAGGUAAUUCUCCUGAUAUGGCCAUGGGUGGAGGUAAGAUGUGGGCUGGCAGAUUACUGUGGUAUGGUUUCCGCCAGUUUGAGACACCCUUCAUACCCUUCACACUUCCAUUUGCAAUGAUGAGAGGGGUUGCUUCAGUGGAACUGCGGCUUACUUCCCUGCGCGAGGGAGAAGGACCCAGCGCGGCAAUUGACUGUAUUCUUGGUGCCUUGAAAAACCUUGAACAGCACAUGGUUGCCAUAGGCUCCGACCAUCAAUACUGUCCAAGAUUACGCCGUCUAGUCUCCGCGCCCAGAAAGGUUAUCCUUGAUCCUAGCCAAAUCAUCGCUCGAAAACCCCAGAGCCCCAACGACGUACCCCUCCCAGCCGCCAUGCGCUUCCUGCAAUGCCGCGAUGAACGCAUCCCAGCACGACGUCCGCAGGCUGCACAGGUUGUAGAAGCCUGGGUGCUGUUCGAAAGUGAGGCUACCGCCGCCAACACGGGCCUGCUGGAGGAGCCGCUCCCUCGCUGGCUCGGUGCCGAUGCGCGAGAGCAUGUAGUCGAAGCGGACGUCUUCGGGCGCGGUGCCCGCGAGAGAUUGUAG